ACAUAUCAUUACAAGGCGAAAACGGAAUAAAGUAAAUAAACAAAUAAAAAAAUUUAGGAAAAGUAAUUAUAAUAAAAAAUUGUGAAAGGAAAUACCUAAUUAAUCAUCAUUCGAUGAACUCCAAGGAACUUUAUUCGAUACGAGAAUGGGCACCUUUAACAGAUAUUAUGGAAAAGAUUCCUGUUCGUAUGAUACGAGCACUUGGCAUAUUCCCAGCAGAUUUAAAUAUAACUUGUGUCGAUGCAAUUUCGGAAUUUAUAGCAUUAGGCAGUGACGCUGGGAUUGUUUUUUGGUAUGACCGGUACACCGGCGAAUUGCAGAAGCUGCGCACAGAGUUUCCGGCUCGCAUUACUUGUGUCAAAAUUGUCAAUUCGGUGGAGUAUAUGGUAGCAGCAGGAAAUGGUAGUGGUCAAGUGAGUGUUUUUCAAAUACAAAAACAACUACCACCAGAUUUGAAUUUGGUUGCACCAUGUGCUCGAGUCAAGCCCAUUGAAAGAUACAAUAUACGUGACUUGCAUAGCUGCGCCAUAAGCUGUGUAGAAUGGUCUAAGAACGGCAUGAAACUUUAUUCAGGUGAUCGACAAGGCAUUGUAGUAUUAACGGAAUUUGAUUUUCAAGCACACAUCAGCAAAUCGACCGAAAUACUUAGCGAGGCGUAUGAAAUCGUACAGCUUAGUGUUUUCCAGAGUUACUUGCUCGUGUCCACACUAUAUCGUUCCAUUGUAUGCCAGUUCAGUAUUGUUACCGGGCAAUGGCAAGUUACACAAGUUGGAAAGAAAGAUCGAAAAGUUUUGUCGGAUUGUGGUGGCAUAUUCCUUAAACAACAAAACUGUCGUCCAGUCUUGAUAUGUGGUCGUCCAGGAUUACGAUUUUGGAUUGCUGAUACCGAGGGUAAUGUGGAAAAAACAUUACUUUUUCGCGAAGCUGUGGCGCGUAGUCCUUCCUGGGAAAUACCAAUACUUAAUCCUAAAUCAAUGUGUUGCGAACGAAAUAUAACUUCGAAUGCUAAUUUUGCCGAUAACGACGAAAUUAACAGAAGUUUUGGUGCAAUACAACUGUAUAAGGGCGAUGAUGAUAUGCUGAUCGUUACACAUGACGAAUCCACAUUGUAUUUGCUAAAUUUGGAUCGUCUGCGCGUCGACGCUGUGGCACGAGGUUUUCGAAAAAUACUUGAUUUUUGUGUGUGUGAUAAGGAAAUUUUCGUUUUGGAAGGUACACGUUCUUUGCUUCGGCUGGCGCCUAUGCCAGAGAAGCCGAGUAAAACUGCCAAAAUAAUUUUCAAUCCGUCAAUGCCGCCCCCAGUUCCUUUGCUAGGUGCUUCAAUCGCCGGUGCACUUGAUUCGCCCGCUGAGUCGUUUGAACCACCCGAGCAGCCACUGGGUAAAGCGGAAGAAUGUUUUGAAUUACCGCCUGUUGAGUUACUCAAUUUAAAUGUACCAAUAGAAUUGGCUGUAGAAUCGCCACGCGCUGAACAAAAUCGUCGUUUGGAGAUUUUUAAUCAGAUUUCUGAAAUGGAUUUCGACCAAUCUAUAUUGCAUCAUAGCGGCAUAUCACAAAGUGUUGGCGGUCGGAAAAAACGUUCACGACGCAGCCGAGAUCGGGAGAAUGCUUUAAAGAGUAGCAGCAGCGAAGUUGUGGCACCAACAAAGUCACAGGGCAUUGUAGAAAUCGGUCGUGUUGCAGAGCCAGAAACAGAUUUGGAAACAUCAGGUAAAACCCUGACAGCUGUUGAAGUUGUGGAGACAAAAACCAACGUAAAGCAUACAACAACUCAGCCAACAUUAAUGAAUAGCAGUUUUUGCGCAACCACAACUUCAAAAAAUACAGAAAGUAAUCAACCGAGCAAAACAAAUGCAACAUUGAAAACCAAAUCACAUUGUGGUUCUCUAUCGACACCAUUGUCGCCCGCUUCACCUGACAAACAAAAGUUUUCCAUAAAACCCAAAAGUCUCGCUGAAGAAUUAAAUUUAGCUGGCGUUUCAUUUGGCCCUAAACAAUCUAGUUUGGAAUGUGCAACACCAUCUCCAAUACACUCUCCGCCUGCUGCACCAGCUUCCACUCCCACGCCAAUGCCACUGAAAGAUCUCGCCCAAGCAUAUCCCAAACAAACUAAAGUCGAAGAUGCUGGUGUCCAGACAACGCCACGCAAAAAGCUCUACUACAUGGAGGAAGCCGACGCCGAAGAUAAUAUUUACUCAGAGUACACCGCUGGACAACCAAUCGAUGACUUGUGUCAUGCAGCUUUGCGUGCCGCAACUCUAGUGGAGGAAUAUGAACAAGAAGACGUUAGUACCAAAGCGUCCGUUCAGUCAGCCCAACGUCAAGUCUCACCCGAACAUUUACAAUUCGUUUGUACACAGCCGGUGAAUGAGGAGAUUAAUAGUUUCCUACCAGACUUUCGACGCGCAUGUGAUCCGUACGCAAUGCCGCCUAAGGUGCAGCAUAAAACUCCGCCACCUUCUGCCGAGUCUAAUGGAAGUUCCAGUGAAUGGGAGUUUUUGGAUAAUUGAAAUGAUAAAAUGUCCUUUUAAGUAUCAUUCCGUUAAGUAGAGAUUUUUAACCAUUACACAUCACAUAUGAAAGUUUUAAAUCAGCUCGCUUUGUAAUAGUGCGGCCGAACUACAUUUUAAUUAUCAAUAUUAAUGUUACGUAAAUCAUUUUGGCGCUUUUGCACAUUGGCUUAUAAAAUCUUAUUUUUAAAUAACCAACAUAUGUAUUAUAUUAUGGUAUAUUGUAUUAUCUAAACCUUUUACCUACUAUUAGUGUUUUGUUCAAUAUUUUAACAAUUUUUUGUUUGCAAAUUUGUAGCUAAAACAGCAUCGCUUAUGCUUUAUGAAUCUGUAUGUUAGAAAAGCAACUCAAUUAUGCAUUUAUUUGCAAUUCGCAUACGUAUGUACGUAUGUAAAAAUCUAUACCAAAUAAAAUUUAUAUAUGUAUAUGCUUCAUUA